GUAACUUUAUAACAAUGCUUCUAACCGACGACGCGAAGGCCGGGUGAACUUCAGGUCGGCAGCUCGUGUUGCAAAUUUAAUCAAUAUGGGCGCGGUCACAAGCUGUACUGGGAGACAGCGCACUGCUAGCGAGGGCCAGGUACCACAGCAGCUCACGGCUGGUGCAGAUGGAUUCAGCGACGAAGCGGCGCCGGCAAGCAUCCAUGUGGAUGGAACCCGGGAUGGAACCACACCACAUCGCGGACUGGCCGAGUACGCAGAGCCAUGUGCCGAGCCACCCCUCCUGCGUACAAUUCGCGACCUGACUCUACCAGGAACCGCUUGCGGCCCGGACCCACUAGACGAGGCCGCCGCAAAGGCCUUUGACCUCCCACCAGAACGCCGCCGAACCUCCUUCUACCCGUUCGCCCUAUCAAGCCGCACCCCCAGCUGCGGCUGUCUAUCAGAGGAGCUUGCAAUGGGGCCAGCAGACCACCACGGCGGCACCGGUGGUGACUACGAAUACACGAGCGCCAUGAGCGCCCCGCCCAACGGCGUGCAGGCCGCGGGUGCAGCCGGUCCCUGCCUCAUUGACGCCUACGUCGGCAGCACCUCGGACCCGCUCUGGCAGCUGGGCGGCGCGCGCGUGUCAGUGACGUCGGUGGCCAGCACCGGGGGCCAGGCGUCAGUCCGCAGCUUGUCCAUGCCUGGGAGCCACCCAGUGUCCCAGCAGGCCGUGGCGCACACAGGCUUUCAGCAGGCUGGGGCGAUGGACGUUGAGGUGGAGUGCGAGGUCUUUGAGCGCCAUACGUACGGGGGUGGCGGAGUCAGAGGCAGCGGACAUGGUGGCGGCAACGGCUGGGCUAGCGAUGGUCAGAGGCGUAAGGGUGGGGAGGAGGCAGCAGCCACCGCCGCAGCUGCGACCGCAGGCACCGCGGCUUCACCGGCGGCCGCAGUGGCGGCGCCGGCGAGGGCAGGAGCAAGGUCGGCUGGAGCCGGCAGUACGGCGGUUGCCGGCAGAGGCGCUGCUACGCUGGAAGGUGCUGCCAUUGCUGGUGAGAACGGGAGUAGCGGCUGCAUUCUGCCGCAGCUGAUGGACCUGGGGCAGCGGCGCAGGCACGAGGUGGCAGACGCAGGGCACAGUAACAGCAGCAGCAUUGAGGGCUGGGCACAGGGCCGGUCAGAGGCGGGGGGCGGGGGCGCCGUCGCCACCAGCGCCAGCUCUCCCUCUGGUCGCCCCGCCGAGCCAUCGGGCCUGGUGCCGCUCCCGCCCCUCGCCCCGCCGCCGUCGUCACCGCCACAGUCCCAACAGCAGCCCAAACAGCCGCAGCACCUCCCACAAGGCCAGCACGCCGUGCCCUGUCGUUUGCGGUUCGACAUGAGUGGCGGCAGUGGCGCCAGCCAGCAGGCGCUGCGGUGCAGCCGGCGCAGCUGCGACGGCGCCUUUGCCGGCGGCAGCAGCGGCGGGCGCAGCCAUGCUAGCGGCCGCACUGACGGCUGUUCCAGCGACGAUGACAGUGACGUUGACGAUCUCGGCUUGGUCAGCGGCGCGUUGCGCAGGGCUGCGGGCGCGCAGGUGACCGCGGCGCUCACGACCAAGAGCACGGGCAUGUUGCUGCAGCUACCUGGCCUGGACUCAGGGCCUCACCACGCCCAUCACGCUCGCCACGCCCACGCCCAUGCUCCUCAUCGGCAUCCCCACCAUUGCCACCAGCAGUACGACUGCGGCGACGACCCGCACCACCCCCAGGGCUACCACUACCUCCACCACCAGCAGGAGCAGGAUGCGCGCCUGGCGCGUGCCCAGGCGCGCUCGCGAUCACGAGCUGGCUGGCGGCACAGCGACUGCGGUGAGUACGGCUUCGCGCAGACCGCCGCCGCGACUAUGGGUGGUGAUGGUGCUGGCGGCAGCACCAGCCGCCGCUUCGCAGAGUGCGGCGGCGACGCUGGGGAGUGCGGCGAAGGCUGCAGCAGCCGCAACCGGGGCGGCAGCAGCACCUGCAGCGGCGCGUACGGCAGCUAUUCGGGGGAGGAGGCGUGGCGGGUGGGCGCGUCGGGUUCCUUGGGCUCGCGCACGGGGCCCUUGGUGUCUGCCCGCACAGCGUCCGUGGUACACGGGGUAGCGACCUACUGCGGUCAAGGUAGUGCCGACAUGAUCACCUCCGCGAGUGGCGGCGGCGCCGGUGCCGAGCGGAGCGGGCGAACUCCGCAGUUUACAAAGUCCUCGGCUUCACUGGCGGCCACAGCUGUGAGCCUCGGCGGCGCUGGGCUGUUGGCGAGCACAGGUGGCAGCACGACAGCCCUGGCGGCGACCACCGGUCACGGCACCGCCGCCAGCCUCAGCGGCCCCAGCGCGGGGCACCUCCGAAUCAACCUGCGCGCGGCGUUGCCGGGUACUGUCACCAGCCGCGCCGCGAUGGCCGCGGACCUGGUCAGGUGCCUGUCACACGCGCGGCGGCACGCACGGGGAGGAAGCGGGAGUGGUGGUGAUGGCAGCGGCGGCGGCGCGUCGCCGACAGCGUCCGCGGCGCCGUCACCCUUAAUGGGAGAAGGCGGCUACGGUAGGGCGCGUAGCAGGCGGGAGCGGCCGAAUUGAUGUGCUGGUGGGGAAGGCGAGGGAAACUGCGUGCGUUUGCGUGCGUGUGCAGGAGUGCGUGGAUGUCAGUGAGUCGUGAGCAGUCGGGAGUGGCACGUUACGGCAGUCCCGUGGCGGGACUUACGGGGCCGCUUCACGGGGCCGCUUGUAUAUUACACUAUUGAUGUCUAGGGGAUGGUCAAGUCAGUGAUUUUGUGUAUGACAAGGACAUGACAUGUGCUAUAUGCGACUGAGCUGGUGACUUGUGAGCAGGUCGUGACUCUUGUUAUGCAUAAACUGAGGUGGCGCAGGGUGGCGCUGGGUUAUGAGCUGGUGGAGUCGGUGCAAAGCCUGUCAGUGUUAGUCAGUAUUAAAUUAAUGCUCAAGUGCGGACGGAAAUGAAAUGGACAUCACGUGCAGUGACUCGUGAUGCGGACGCGGACAAUUGAACCUGGAGGCCGCCGAGUGCUAUCAUGCUAUGCCUCGCCCUUCUGUGGCACCAGGGAGGUACGGAUAUGCUUGCGACACGAUGAAGCCACGACGGCUGAUCCGUUGAAGGGGGAUAGAAAUAGAGGCUUCUGACUCCCUCAUGCACAUGUGUGUGGAGAGCAUCUGGCAUGGACGCAUGGUCAAGAGUCGUGGACUGAGGCAAUCUUAACAAUGUGGAAUCCGAGCAGUCUCCUAGUAUCCCCUGUUCUCAAUCUUGCCCGCUCG